AUGAUGCUCAGAGUCCGAUUAUUGAGCCCACUCAAGUUAUUCAAGAUGUUCAAAGCCCAAUCAUUGAAACAACCCCAGUCUAAGAAGAUGUUCAAAGUCAAAUGGUUAAUGCGGAAACAUUUUCUUCAAGAGUUAUUCUGUCCCACCUCCUCCAAAGCACGAUGUUGUAUCUGUGAAACUAACCAAGAGAACUCUGUUAAAGAUUCUAAUAUUUUUGAACUUCAAGCAAAUCUUGGUGGUAUAACUGAUUUAUUCUUUGACAUGAAGCAACACUUACAUCAGAAAUUUGGUGAUGAUUUUCAACCUUUAAGAGCCGAAGGCGAAAAUAUUUCUGUAUCUAGCUCUGAUCUAAUCACUCCAACUUCUCAACAUAAAUUUACUGACAAGUAUGGAGAUCACUCUGGUAUUUUGAUGUGGGGAUAUGAUGCUGACAAGAAAAUGUGGGUCGUGAAGCGAAAGAGCAGUCGAAUUGAGUAUUACGAGAAGCCAACUGACUUUAUGUCCUACACAAAAGUUGAUCUUACUGAACUUAUUCAUGCUCCUUUCAACGAUCCAACAAAUGACUCCAUGGCUUGGGAUUUUAAGAGGUUUCUUGAGGAUUAA